GCGGAGUAGGUUUGACACGUGUUAGAAAUAUAGACGGCGAACAAUCCAACAUAGUUCAGCUGAAGCGACAUCAACGAGCUCCUGCAUAGUCCCUGGUGACAUCACAGCGCAUUCUACUGUACGAUAUGUCGCGCUGUGUUGUUAUUAUUAUCAGUCGCUUCAGUAAAUAUGGCUAACUUGGCGGAUGUUGGCUGGAAGCUGUUGGAGUUCAAAACCAGAUCAAAACGUUCAGUAGUUUUGUAGUUUAGCUGAAAGAUCAUUGCCCUAUACUACACCUUUUGAAAAUGGCCUGCUCAGAAAAUAAGGUGUCCGGAGUCCGUCAUAAACUUCAAAGAUAUGGCUCCAUCUAUGAACCGCUCAAACUCUCCUUCCUCCAUCGGGAAGAUGAGCCCUUGUGGGAGAAGCUGGACCGCUACUACAGUGCGGUGAAGGCAACCAUCCUUAAUUACCAGAGCCCGACGACCGGUCUGUUCCCGGUAAAGACUUACUCCGACUGCAAAGAGGCAAAAGUGCGAGACUCCCUCUACUGUGCAGCCAGUGCCUGGGCCUUGGCUCUGGCAUACAGGCGUAUCGAUGACGACAUGGGGCGCACUCACGAGCUGGAGCACUCCGCCAUAAAGUGCAUGAGGGGCAUCCUGUACUGCUACAUGCGUCAGUCGGACAAGGUGGAGCAGUUUAAGCAGGACCCCAGUCCAUUGAAAUGCCUGCAUUCAGUAUUCGAUGUUCACACAGGGGAUGAGGUACACACCUAUGAGGACUACAGUCACCUCCAGAUUGAUGCGGUCUCCCUCUUCCUGCUCUACCUCGUGGAGAUGAUCUCUUCUGGCCUUCAGAUCAUCUACAACACAGAUGAGGUGUCGUUCAUACAGAACCUGGUCUUCUGCGUGGAGAGGGCAUACAGAGUGCCUGACUUUGGCAUGUGGGAAAGAGGGAGCAAAUAUAAUAACGGGAGCACUGAGCUGCAUUCGAGUUCUGUCGGGCUUGCCAAAGCAGCACUUGAAGCUAUCAAUGGAUUCAACCUGUUUGGAAACCAGGGUUGCUCUUGGUCAGUCAUUUUCGUGGACAUCGACGCUCACAACCGAAACCGACAAACGUUCUUCUCCUUGCUUCCGAGAGAGUCGAGAUCCCACAACACGGACGCUGCCCUCCUGCCGUGUAUCAGCUACCCGGCCUUUGCGGUGGACGACGACGCCCUCUACGGCCAGACCCUGGACAAGAUCGUCCGCAAGCUGAAGGGGAAGUACGGGUUCAAGCGUUACCUGCGAGACGGCUACAGGACCGCCAACGAGGACAAGGAGAGGAGAUACUACAAACCGGCGGAAAUGAAGCUUUUCGACGGAAUUGAAUGCGAGUUCCCCAUAUUUUUCAUUUACAUGAUGAUUGACGGCGUGUUCAGAGGGAAUUCAGCUCAAGUCAAGGAGUAUGAAGCCUUAUUACAACCUAUCAUUUUCCAGUCAUUUGAAGGACACGCGGUCAUCCCCAAGUACUACUACGUGCCGGCCGACUUCGUGGAGGGGGAACAGAGGAAGCACGGGAGCCAGAAGCGUUUCCCCAGCAACUCGGGACGAGAUGGAAAACUCUUCCUCUGGGGACAAGCCCUCUACAACAUCGCCAGGCUGCUGGUGGAUGGCCUGAUUAGCCCCAUGGAGAUUGACCCUGUUCGCCGCUACGUGCCGAGUGAGGAGCAGAGGAAUGUCAGCCUGAGAUACUCCAAUCAGGGCCCCAUUGAGAAUGAUGUGGUGGUCCAUGUGGCACUGGUUGCUGAGAGUCAGCGACUGCAGGUCUUCCUCAACACCUAUGGCAUCCAGACCCAGACGCCCCAGCAAGUGGAGCCCAUCCAGAUCUGGGCCCAAAAGGAGCUGGUGAAGGCCUACCGCUUCCUGGCAGCCAACACGAAACUGGGACUGAGUGGCCGGCCAGAGAGGCCGAUAGGCUGCCUAGGAACCAGCAAGAUUUAUAGGAUCCUGGGGAAGACUGUCGUUUGCUACCCGAUCGUGUUUGAUUUGAGCGAUUUCUACUUGUCUCAGGACGUUAUGCUAUUGAUCGAUGACAUCAAGAAUGCCUUGCAGUUCAUCAAACUUUCCUGGAAAAUGCCUGGGCGGCCAUUAUUCCUGGUUCUCAUUAGAGAAGACAACAUCAAGGGUAGCCGUUUCAACCCGGUCCUGGACAUGUUGGCCUCGUUUAAAAAGGGGAACAUCGGGGGGGUGAAGGUCCAUGUGGACAGACUGCAGACACUCAUAUCUGGCGCGGUGUUGGAGCAGCUGGACUUUCUUCGCAUAAAUGAAGUCGACGAGAUCCCGGAGUUUAGGAGCUUCGAGGAGCUGGAGUUGCCCCGGCACUCGAAGGUGAAGAGGCAGAGCAGCACGCCCAACGUUUCGGACCUGGAACAGCAGCCUGAUAUCGACAUGGAUGAGUGGGUCCAGAAGACCACUGCCGAAGUCCUGCAGAAGUUUCACGACUGUAAUUGCCUGGUCAGCCAGGCCCAGCUGGCUCGCAUUCUCCUAAAGAAAGAGGGACCGGAUUUUAUUGAAAACGACGUAAGCCUCUUAGAAGAACUGGAGCGUAUCUACAGAAGAGCUGGCACCCGAAAACUUUGGGUGGCAGUGCGUUAUGCUGCCGCAUUAACCAAGAAGGUUGCCAGUUCUCUUGCACCUCAUAUUACCACACUGGUGGUUCAUGGCAAGCAGGUGACCCUGGGGAUAUUCGGGCAGGAGGAGGUGGUGAUCUCCAACCCGCUCUCUCCGGGAGUGAUCAAAGACAUCAUCUACAGCCAGUGCAGCCCGCACGGGGAGCGCGAGGGCGUGCUGCAGCAGGAGCUGGUCAUCCACAUCGGCUGGAUCAUCUCCAACAGCCCCGAGCUCUUCAGCGGCAUGCUCAAGAUCCGCGUCGGCUGGAUUGUUCAGGCUAUGAAGCAUGAGCUGAAGAUUAGAGCCGGGAACAUGCCACCUCAGGACGUGUUCCAGCUGUCCCCCAGCGACGUGAAGCAGCUGCUGCUGGACGUGCUUCAGCCAGAGCAAAGCGGGAGGUCCUGGUUGAACAGGCGCCAGAUUGACGGCUCUCUCAAUCGAACACCCCAGGGAUUCUAUGACCGGGUGUGGCAGAUUUUGGAGAGGACUCCCAAUGGUAUCGUAGUUGCUGGUGUGCACCUCCCACAGCAACCCACACUGUCGGACAUGACCAUGUAUGAGAUGAACUUCUCUCUGCUGGUGGAGGACAUGUUGAAGCACAUUGACCAGCCGGAGUACAGGCAGAUCAUUGUGGAGCUCAUAAUGGUGGUGUCCAUUGUCCUGGAGAGAAACCCAGAGCUGGAGUUCCAGGAGAAAGUCAACCUGGACUUUCUGGUGAAAGAGGCCUUUAAUGACUUCCAGAGGGACCAUGGCCGGCCAGCUGGGUCUAAACAACCGGAGGACAUGGAGGCGUUCUACAACAGCCCACCGCUGGGCAAGCGCGGGACUUCCUGUUACCUCACCAAGGCUGUGAUGAUCCAACUGCUGCAGGGAGAGCUGAAGUUCAAGGAUGACCCCUGCUCCGUCAGCUAAACCCCUUGCUAAGCCCUGCCCUGGGCAUGAGCAGCACAGUCACACUGGGAGAGGCUGAAUCCCAGAACACCCCACCCUUCACAAAUCCUUUUGUAUAACACCUGGGCAUUUUUGCAUGGCGAGACUAUACCUUUGUUGGCCGUUUGCGGCGUGAUUCCAGUAAAGGCAAGCUAAGACAGGUUUGUUGGUGCUUUGGAUAUUCAGCUUUAUGAACACGGCUUUAAAGAGGUUCUGCCGGUGACUUGGCAACCGCAUGUUUGUACUGCAUCCACCUCCGCCUUAAUUUUGAGCUCCUUAAGUAGGGCUGAGAAGGGAUUGUUCUUAAGCUUAGUGGUUACCUUUUUCUGGAUGUGGUUUUGAUUCAGUUUUAUUAUUGAGAAUGAUUCAUUUGUUGAUACAACAAAUCUACAAGCCGUGUGCCUGUAUUACAUAUUGCUUGAUGCAGUGGCACCUGUUGUGAUUGUCUAGUGGCUAGUUUUCAGUAAACAAAUGUUUUAUUUUAUUUUGCAUCCCCAUAUCCCCUUGAUAAUUAUUAUUUGCAGGGAAUCACUGUAGUUUUGCUGCACAUGACUGAAAUGCAUGAAAGUAAAGUAUGUGAAAUUGUUACAACCUAA